AUGGAUCCAACGCAGAAAACGAUCUCUCAGCCUCAGUCGUCGUUUUCUUUACUUCCAGACGAAAUCACAGAGAACAUUCUUGCACGUGUCUCGAGAUGGUAUUAUCCAUCGCUCUCUCUAGUCUCAAAGCAAUUCCGCUCUCUCGUUUCUUCUAUGCAAAUCUAUAAGACUCGAUCUCAAAUCGGAUCCCAAGAAACAUGUUUCUAUGUCUGCUUACAGUUGGAUGAUCACCCAUAUUCGAGCUGGUUUAGUCUUUGGGCGAAACCUAAUAAAACCCUAGCCAAAGAGAUAGGGAAUAUUAUAAUAGAAAAGGAUGAUCCAAGUGGAAAUUCGGUUGUUCCGACACCAUUCUCUUCUUCCCAUUCUCUUCCCAUAACAAAUCAGAACACCGUAACGGUUGGUUCGGAGAUAUACAUAAUCGGUGGAUACUACCAGAAGCCGUCUUCCUUUGUUCGGAUUCUUGAUUGUCGGACUCAUACUUGGCGUAACGGCCCUAACAUGACCGUGGCUCGGGAGAAUGUGUAUGCGCUUUUCGUCGAUGAGAAAAUAGUUGUGAUGGGAGGUUGCGAUAUUAACAAGUAUUCUGCCUAUUGGCUUGAGUUGUUUGACAUGAAGACUCAGUCUUGGACAGCUUUGCCAGGUCCUGGCGCUGAUGAUGAGCUAGGUAAAUUUUUACACGAUGAUUAUGAUCAAAAUAUAGUUGAUGUGUUUGAUGGAAAGCUUUACGUUGCGGUGGAUGACACGGAGUAUGUUUACGAGAUUGGGAAAAUUUUACAUGAUGGUACAUGGAAACUUGUUAGACAGCAGUCGAGUUUCCUAUUCAACUUGUUAGUGGAUUGGUGUGAAAUAGAGAAUGUAAUCUACUGUUGCACUUACUUCGGAGAGUUAAUGUGGCUUGACUCUAAGACUAAGGUUAGAGAAUGGAGAGAGAUUAAGGGCUUGGGAAAAUUGCGUGAGCACCCUACAAGGGGUUUAAGAGAUGGGAAUGAGUUUGUCAUCGAAAACUUUGGUGGGAAACUUUUAGUUAUGUGGGGUGUUUCUGAUGAUAACAAACCUACAAACAAAAUUUGGUAUGCGAAGAUAUCUUUAGAAUCAAGAUGCAAUGGAGGGGAGGUUUGGGGUACGGUUGAGUGUGCUGAUGUGCUUACUUUUCCUGGCGAUUCAUAUGAUUCAUUUAUUUGUUUAACUGCUUCGGUUUAA